AUGACAGACUCAGCAGACCGCUUUCGAGAAGGCGCGACGGCCUACCGCAACGACCGAGACCUCGCAAAGAUAGAGCGGGACAGCUCCAUUGCCCAUACCAACCAGGUGGCUCGCCAGAUGCCCGCGCCCACCCCGAAUACCAGCUUCAUGACCAGCCGCACAUCCCGUUCAACGGUCGUUGCUGCAGGAUCGGACAUCUCUGAAGACGAGCUGGCUCGCGAUGAGGUGACGCCGGUGAAGCGACUCAGACCUGUUCCAGUACAACGUUCUCAUGACCACGCAUCUACAGCCCGACGAUCCGGUCGCGCUUCUACUUCCUUUAGUCUCCAGCACUCCACUGAGACAGAUCUUGUCCCGCCUCAACGUCGAGCUCAGUCGUCGACAAAAGGACGAGAGCCUUCCACGAGAAGGGAUUCAAUGGAUCAUCCACAACCAUCUGGGAAGACUGCGCAAAGUUUGCGAAAUGCAACCGAAGUGCCUGCAGAGCGAAUGCGCCGUAAGAAUGAGUCGGGAUGGUGUAUCGAGUAUCAGGGGAAGUCUAUUUUUGUGCCCGACGCAUUCCCUACCAAUAAGAUUCAUUUGCGCAACUUUGCACCACCUUCAGGGAGGAAUGGAAUCGGCAGCCCCUUCCUGUCUCUAUCACCUGUCCCUCCUUCCCACAAGGAUUGCGCAAGACAGUAGGAUUUCGAUUAUCCCCUUCCUCCUCUUAGUUUUUCGUCCUUUGCAUGCGCCGACUGAAAGCUU